AUGUCCCCCUUGUGUUCCAGUCAACCAUCCGCUCGGGCUCCCGCUCCGCCGCGUACUCCCGUCACCGAACCUGGGGAACGGGGAUGCUCUAAGGUUUUGCCACCUCUGACGCAUGUACGCGGCUGGUUGGGCCCGUACGACAUCACAGCCUUACUGUGUAAAACCGGCUUUUCGUACCCAAACGCCUACGUUCCCGUACUCGUCCCGGAGCCCUCGUCAUGGAAUCCCAUGGCACCGCGUGUGCCACGUUGCAUAUAUCAGAUGCGUGUGAUACAAGGUGUGAUUCGCUGGACCCAACUGACGGGGGCUACGCAGUGGUGCGGACGGGGACAGGACGGGGAGGAUCGAGAUCGGGUUUUUGCUCCGUGGAAGGGGGGCCUGGUUGGAAAAACUCUUUGUGGGAUAUACAAGGCGGUUAAGGAGGGGAGGAGGUGGGUACGGUCCGCGGGAAUGGGCGGGACGACGUACAGCGGGUAG